UUAUAAGCAGCUGUGCUUCUGACGGGACAAACAACUGGACUUUUCGGAAUGUGGAGAGCAGUAACUCUGUGCAGAGUUUUCGAACAGAAGCAGGACCGAAUAGCAACAAACAAUCUCCUUCCUCUACGGUCACAUCAUGGAUGAUGCUGAUGCUCUCAUACGUAAGGUCGAUAAAUGGGUGGCUCUUCAGAAGAAAUGUUCCAGGAAGUUGAAGAACCUGGCAGAUGAGCUGGAGGAAGCGAUGAAGGCGGCCAACGUGACCAAAGUCGUCAGCAGCUCGGUGUCUGUGGGGGGAGCAGCUGCCAUGACGGCGGCGGGCGUGUUGACGCUUCUGACCGGCGGAGCAGCGCUGCCUGUUCUGGCUGUAGUGGCAGGCGCGGGAGCAGUGGCUUCUGGGACCGGUGCGCUAACCAGUGUUGGUUCUGAUGUUUACAGCGCCAGCAAGUCCAAAGACAUCAUGGAGGAAGCCCAAAAGGUUCUGGAAGAGCUACAGAGUCUGGAACAGGAAAUGAAAGACCUCAUGAAGUCGCUGAAACGACAAGCCUCCAACUUCUACGACGAUGGUGGCGCUGCUGGUGGUGGAGAUGAUGACGAUGAUGGCAACAUUAUGGAGUUUGUCAUGAGAUCAAUGGCCAGACAGGAAGGGCUGGAGCUCCCCAGCAGCAUCAUGAUCAGAGCGGUGUUUGGGUUACCGCGUAUCAGCAUGUUCAAGAGGAUCAAGGCCAAUGAUAUUGUUCUUGCAGGAUGUCUUAUGAUCCUUAGAAGAGCUCUGGUUGCAGCAGCCAAACAAGGAGGGAAGAAAGUGGCUUCUUCUCUGGGGAAAAAAGCAGCUUCAGCAGCAGCUGGAAGUGUUGCAGGAGGAGCGGUCGGGCUUUUGUUUUCUGUUCCUGAGCUGGUCAGUGAUUGCCAAAACCUGGACAACACCGAGACAGAAGCCAGUAAAACUCUGAGGAAAAAUGCCAGGACUAUCCUGACCAGCGCCGAGGAGACGGAGAAAGAACUGCAGAAAAUAAGAGAAGCUUUUAAGGAGUUGGUCAGAAUCAAAUUCAUCAUAGAGAAGGAGAUCAGGACCAAAGAUGAGAAGAGAGAGCUGAUCGAAUACGCAAUUAAAAAUUCUCCUUACCCAGAGGUUAAACGGUGGUUGAGAGAAAACGCAGAGUCUGAUGUCUUCUUCCAUCUGGUAAACCUGAGACGCUUCUUCAAAAGAAAGCUGGAGGAAGAGAAGAGAAAGAAGAAGGACCGGAAGAGGAAGAAGAUCGAGCUGGUCUUCUUGGCUCAUGGAUCGAUUGUGGACUCGAUGCUUCCUGCCAGAUGUCUGCUGCCUCUGCCGUCCAUCACAGACGUCCUGCUGUAUUCUCCCUGGAACUGCCUCCUGUCUGCUAACGCAGCCUAUGGCAUCGCUACAGGAAGCAUCCAGCCUGACCACCGGCAGUUUAGAUGCACCAAGCCAGACCUAUGUUCUUCUUGUAAGACCUCUCGUAAUGCCCAUAAACCAUUACAUCUGCCCUCUAGAUGGAACUCUAUGAAGAACGCCGGACUUGUCCCUAAGAUCAUGGUUAGUCCUGUAUCAAAAGUAGGAGAUGGUGCGUUUAAACGUGUCAUUGAUCUAAAAAAAGAUUAUGGUGCACCAGCAGGCAACCGGUAUCUCAUCCCGUACCUCGCCCCCUCGAUCGGCAGAGUGCCCUUCUUUGUCGUCACGUUGGCCAUUUCUCUGGCUCUGUUUUUGUUAGACUAUGAAGCCACCGUCCACCUGGCGGCCUGCCUGGGAAAAUCACCCAGAGGCGCCGAAAUGCAGGAGGAGUAUCUGAGGCUGCAGUACGCCUACACUGUGGACAACACCUUCAUGACCGUUUCAGAAAAAACAUUCUCCUCCAAAGAUGAAGCGGUUUAUAACAUGUUCAGGGCUGUUUUUGGUGAUGAGCCUCCAUCUUUCUAAAGGCUCCAAACCUGGGGUACAGGAGCACCAGCGGACGUUUUCCCGCACUUAUUUUUUCUGGAUGGUUUUCUCAAGAGAAUGAGUUGGAUUCCCAUUUUAUAUAUGUAUAUAUUUUCUUUCUCGCUCUCUGUGAAGGCGGACCCGUUUUCCUCUCCCAGCCCAUUCUCGUCCUGCUUGCUCUAUUUUUGUGUUGCUUUUUUGGAGCCUUUCUUUGUACAUCUUCUGAAUCUACAAAUUAUGGAUCUGGUUAACUGGGAAGACCUAUACUAGGACAGACAGAAAUUUUAAGUCUGCCUGAUCUACAGAAAAUCUGUUAUUCUGAAUCUGGCUCCCUGUGGCCUUCUGACCUUCUCAAAUCUCCUGGAUUUAUGUAGACAAGCGUCUCCUUCCCAUCUCCUCACCCUGGACAGGUCACAGGUUGCUGAAAAUGUACUACAGAAAUAAAAUUACCUUUACCUAAAACUGUUUUUCAGCAGCAAUAAAGCUAUUAAGACAUUAAGCUCA